CAGCUAGUGCUGCCGCGGUGUCCCGCGGCCUCCCGGGAGUCGGGCGGGAGGGGAGAGCGGGUGUGGAUUUGCCUCGACGGUAAUUGUUGCGUUUCCACGUCUCGGUGGCCUGCUCUGGGUUGCUCCUUCCUCGGGAGCGUGCUAUUACGGCGAUUACACACUCCCCGCCCCGGCUGCCCACGCACCCUGAGCUGCGUGCGUGUAGAGUCGGAGCCGCGAACACGCGUGUCUCUGGACAGCUACGGCGCCGAGAGAGAACUAAGAUUCCAGAUGGCAAAUUCUAUGAAUGGCAGAAACCCUGGUGGUAGAGGAGGAAACCCCAGAAAAGGCCGAAUUUUGGGUAUUAUUGAUGCUAUUCAAGAUGCAGUUGGACCCCCUAAGCAAGCUGCAGCAGAUCGGAGGACUGUGGAGAAAACUUGGAAACUCAUGGACAAAGUGGUAAGACUGUGCCAAAAUCCCAAACUUCAGUUGAAGAAUAGCCCACCAUACAUACUUGAUAUUUUGCCUGAUACAUAUCAGCAUUUGCGACUUAUAUUGAAUAAAUAUGAUGACAACCAGAAACUUGCACAACUCAGUGAGAAUGAAUAUUUUAAAAUCUACAUUGAUAGUCUAAUGAAAAAGUCAAAACGGGCAAUAAGACUCUUUAAAGAAGGCAAGGAGAGGAUGUACGAAGAACAGUCACAGGACAGACGAAAUCUCACAAAACUGUCCCUUAUCUUCAGUCACAUGCUGGCAGAAAUCAAAGCAAUCUUUCCCAAUGCUCAGUUCCAGGGAGAUAACUUUCGUAUCACAAAAGCAGAUGCUGCUGAAUUCUGGAGGAAGUUUUUUGGAGACAAAACUAUUGUGCCAUGGAAAGUAUUCAGACAGUGCCUUCAUGAGGUCCAUCAAAUUAGCUCUGGCCUGGAAGCAAUGGCUCUAAAAUCAACAAUUGAUUUAACUUGCAAUGAUUACAUUUCAGUUUUUGAAUUUGAUAUUUUUACCAGACUAUUUCAGCCUUGGGGCUCUAUUUUACGGAAUUGGAAUUUCUUAGCUGUAACACAUCCGGGUUACAUGGCAUUUCUCACUUAUGAUGAAGUUAAAGCACGACUACAGAAAUACAGCACCAAACCUGGAAGCUACAUUUUCCGGUUAAGCUGCACUCGAUUGGGACAGUGGGCCAUUGGCUAUGUGACUGGGGAUGGCAACAUCUUACAGACCAUCCCUCACAAUAAACCGUUAUUUCAAGCCCUGAUUGAUGGCAGUCGGGAGGGAUUUUAUCUUUAUCCUGAUGGGAGGAGUUAUAAUCCUGAUUUAACUGGAUUAUGUGAACCUACACCCCAUGAUCAUAUAAAAGUAACGCAGGAACAAUAUGAAUUAUAUUGUGAAAUGGGGUCCACUUUUCAGCUAUGUAAAAUUUGUGCAGAGAAUGACAAAGAUGUCAAGAUUGAGCCUUGUGGGCAUUUGAUGUGCACCUCUUGCCUUACAGCUUGGCAGGAGUCAGAUGGCCAGGGCUGCCCCUUCUGUCGUUGUGAAAUAAAAGGAACUGAGCCCAUAAUUGUGGACCCCUUUGAUCCGAGAGAUGAAGGCUCCAGGUGCUGCAGCAUCAUUGACCCCUUUGGCAUGCCGAUGCUCGAUUUGGAUGAUGAUGAUGAUCGAGAGGAAUCUUUGAUGAUGAAUCGGUUGGCAAAUGUUCGAAAGUGCACCGAUAGGCAGAACUCACCAGUCACAUCACCAGGAUCCUCUCCCCUUGCUCAGAGAAGAAAGCCACAGCCAGACCCUCUCCAGAUGCCACAUCUCAGCUUGCCACCAGUGCCUCCUCGCCUUGAUCUAAUUCAGAAAGGCAUAGUUCGGUCUCCCUGUGGCAGCCCAACUGGUUCACCAAAGUCUUCUCCUUGUAUGGUGAGGAAACAAGAUAAACCACUCCCAGCACCACCUCCUCCCUUAAGAGAUCCUCCUCCCCCUCCACCUGAAAGACCUCCCCCCAUCCCACCUGACAAUAGACUGAGUCGACACUUUCAUCCUGUGGAGAGUGUGCCUUCCAGAGAUCAGCCAAUGCCUCUUGAAGCCUGGUGUCCUCGGGAUGUAUUUGGAACUAAUCAGUUGCUGGGAUGUCGACUCCUAGGGGAUGGUUCUCCAAAGCCUGGAAUUACAGCAAGUUCAAAUGCAAAUGGAAGGCACAGUAGAAUGGGCUCUGACCCAGUGCUUAUGCGGAAACACAGACGCCAUGAUUUGCCUUUAGAAGGAGCCAAGGUCUUUUCCAAUGGUCACCUUGGAAGUGAAGAAUAUGAUGUUCCUCCCCGGCUUUCUCCUCCUCCUCCGGUUGCCACCCCCCUCCCUAGCAUAAAGUGUACUGGUCCGUUAGCAAAUUCUCUUCCCGAGAAAACAGGAGACACAGUAGAGGAAGAUGAUGAUGAAUACAAGGUUCCUUCAUCCCAUCCUGUUUCCCUGAAUUCACAGCCAUCUCAUUGUCAUAAUGUAAAACCUGUUCGGUCUUGUGAUAAUGGUCAUUGUAUAUUGAAUGGAACACAUGGUAUGUCUUCAGAGAUGAAGAAAUCAAACAUCCCAGAGUUAGGCAUGUAUUUAAAGGGAGAUGUUUUUGAUUCAGCCUCUGAUCCAGUGCCAUUGCCACCUGCCAGGCCUCCAACUCGGGACAAUCCAAAGCAUGGUUCUUCACUCAACAGGACGCCCUCUGAUUAUGAUCUUCUCAUCCCUCCAUUAGGUGAAGAUGCUUUUGAUGCCCUCCCUCCUUCCCUCCCACCACCUCCACCUCCAGCCAGGCACAGUCUCACUGAACAUUCAAAACCUCCGGGCUCUAGUAGCCGACCAUCCUCAGGACAGGACCUUUUCCUUCUUCCUUCAGAUCCCUUUUUUGAUCCAGCAAGUGGCCAAGUUCCUUUGCCUCCUGCUAGGAGAUUACCAGGUGAAAACGUCAAAUCCAACAGAACUUCACAGGACUAUGAUCAGCUUCCUUCAUCUUCAGAUGGUUCACAAGCACCAGCCAGACCCCCCAAACCGCGACCCCGCAGGACUGCACCAGAAAUUCACCACAGAAAACCUCAUGGGCCUGAGGCAGCAUUGGAAAAUGUUGAUGCAAAAAUUGCAAAACUCAUGGGAGAGGGUUAUGCCUUUGAAGAGGUGAAGAGAGCCUUAGAGAUAGCCCAGAAUAAUGUCGAAGUGGCCCGUAGCAUCCUCCGAGAAUUUGCGUUCCCUCCUCCAGUCUCCCCACGUCUAAAUCUAUAGCAGCCAGAACUGUAAACACCACAAUGUAACGCCAUUGACACAUAUUCUCCAAGAGUGUGGAAAUGAGAGGAUUGAGAUGGAAUUCAAGACAGAAGGUGUCUCCUCCUCGUGUAGCAUCGUGAGAAGAGAGGCUUGGGCGUGCCGCUUCUCAGCGGACCCUCGCUUGCUCAGGACGUCGGCGGCUGCGGCUUCCUCGGUUUUGCUAGCCAUACUUUUAAAUCAGGGUUGAACUGAAAAAAAGUAAUUUGAAGACGUUUACUUCCCUUGAACUUUGAAUCUGUGAAAUGCUCUUCCUUGUUUACAAGUUGGUGAAGUUGCAGUUUGUUUUUGUUUUUAGUUUUGGUGGUUUUCGUUUUCAUUUUGGAUACCUGUACUGUGUUCUUGACGGACCCUUUGUAGCGUGGUCAGGUCUGCUGUAACAUUUCCCACCACCUCCCGUGCUGUCCAUGUCAACAGCCACGUCACUUAUUUGUUUCGAUCUCUACCGUCCGUGCCCACCCUACCCCCAGGUCCAGUUCCAUUUCUCCCACUCACAAGAUGUUUUAAAGGUUUUGACUUUCAACGUAUCAAACUUAAGCAAAAAAAAAAAAA